CAACUCUCACACAAACGGUCAUCUAUACCACCACCACUCACACAUAGCAAAUGCCAUGCUUUAAAUACACAUGCAUACAUUUAUACACACAUACAAAUCUCAACAGCCUCUCCCACCCCCACUCUCCAAACACUUGAAACCAUGGCUUCUCCUUCUCCCAUCAUUUCCCUUCUGCUUUUGCUUCUCAUUUCGCUCCCCAACAGAGCUCAUUCAUCCGACUCCACCGACUGUGGCCCUCGUCUGCUGCUGCUCGCACCAUGCACACCCUUCGUUCAGGGAUCGAGCACGACCCCAGAUGGCUCGUGCUGCAACAACCUCGCCGACCUCUACAGAGAGCAACCUAUAUGCCUGUGUGGGCUGCUCAAUGACACCACAUCUUUCCCUAUCAACCAGACACUGGCAUUGGAGCUGCCCAUUGUUUGUAACCUUACAAUUAGCAGCUCUAGUUGCCCUGGUUUGCUUGGUCUACCUCCAGUCUCCUCAUCAGGAUCAGCCGCCUCUCGUGGUUCAGGCGCAAAUUCUACCGCUGUUUCUCCAUCAGCGGCGUUACCUCCAGGAAGGAUGAACACACAUCAUCUCAGCUGUGGAACAAAGGUGAAGGCCCCUGCUGCUGCUGCUGGUGGAGCAUCACCAUUGGUGGUGUUGGCCGCCACUACCGCUUUCGUGCUGCUGCUGUUGAUCAAUGUCUUUUGAAUUAGAUUCCCUCAUUAUUAUUAGUAUGCUAUUAAUAUAUAUAUAUAUAUAUAUAUAUAUAUAUAUAUAUAUAUAUAUAUAUAGACUUGAACGUUUCAAACACUCUUUUUGACUUUCAUUAUAUAAACUGAUUGCCCCUUCCUCUACAGUUGGAUGUUAAAUUUCAAUUUCGAAAACAAAUGGUCGUUUUCAAACAGACGUGGCAGGCCACUCAUCCAACGGUUAGGAUCCUCACACAUCCAUUCCAGGACGGAUAGAAAACGACACCCACUA